AUGUCUGAACAGGCUUCAGACCGCCCCGGGAUCUUGCCAGAGGGCAAGUUGCUAAACCCAGCAGACAUCUCAAAACUGCAGUCUCCUGCUUCGACAGAAAUAGGGCCCGCAAAGGGCCUUUUUCAUGAUCCAGAGUAUAACACAGAGUCCCAUGUGGGUGGACGCAGCUCCACACGGUCGGUGUCACCAUUGGAGGUGCCUGGGAACGAGAAGCAGAAAAUGCAAGGUUUCGGUGUCAAUGAUGUGCUCAAGGAGCAAAUCGAUCUACGGCUUGCUUCAAACAACCCGUCGGUUGUGAUGGAAUUGGACCUAGACGGAAAGAUACGAUACAUGCUGAAGAAUUGGGAGCAUAUGGUGGGCACGCUGGUGAAAAAGCUAACAGGAAAGCCGAUUCUGAGCAUCCUUAUCGGCAGCUCUGACCAGGAUUUACAGGUGUUCAACAACGCCAUUUCCCAGAUGGUCACAGACAAUGCUUCGUAUAAAGUAAAGUUUCUCACGGCCACGAACGACGUAUCAAGAGGCGAUGUGAGCGUACAAUCAGACCAAUCAUCUCAUGAAGAGCGUGAUCUGGUAUCUUCAGACCAGGAAAGAGAACCUGAAGGGUCAGUUCCCACGAAUACUACCCCGGAGACACUCGAUACUGCUUCCACAAGCUCUCAGGUGUCAAACAAUGGCGAUGUCAUAGAACUAGAGUCCCAGGGAAUUGUCAUUCAGGACACCAAGACAAACCUACCAUCUUAUUCCAUCUGGACCAUCAAACCGUUUGAGCACAUAGACAUGGAACUAACCAUACCAGACGCUCUUUUUGACCUUCUAGGUUUUGGUUCUGAAAUUUUCGAGGGCUACCUUUUGAGUCUAAAGGAGGCUGGCAUUAUAGACGAGGACUCUGUUCCCGACCCCAAGCUCAUCUUGUGUCAUAUUUGCGAGACGAACAUCCCAGCAUGGUUCAUCGAGAAACACUCUGAUCUAUGCAUUGUAGAGCACAGAGUGUCCGAGGAGCUUCAGUUGUGUCAUGACGCUCUUGCAGAGCAAAGAGAUCUUAUUUUGAAGGUUUCGGACAGUUUAUGGCUGCAACAGUUUGAAACACAUAGUGGCUCCCUGAGCCUGCUUCUGACGCUUAGCUCCAACUCCUCCACAUCAUCUGGGGGUGCUGGUAAUAUUUAUGACUACAAAGGUAUUCCGUUGCCCUCGAUGCUGACUGAGGCGUUGUCCCCUCGUGGCUCCGUGCCUCUGUUGAAGACCAUAACCAAAAAUUCCAUACUCCGAACUCGUAAAUUUCCGUUUGGUAUUCUCCUGAGGCUUCUUGAAUAUUGUGACGAGGCCCUUGCCAUAAAUCCAGCAGAUAAAGAUGAGGAGACGGGCGAAUUGCAAUUCUCCCCAAAUACCGAACGUGCCAUUAGUGCAGUAAUGAACUGGAAAUCUCUUGAGACGUCGGAUCCCGCAAUCAGAAGAAUGGUUGACGAUACGCAACAAGUGGUAAAUGAAAAAAUGGAGUCACUCACUAGACUCAUCUCUAUCAUUCAAUACGGUGACAAGAUCAAGGAGGAGGUCGACAGUCUUGUGUUACAAUCUGUAAGAGAGACUGUUGCUAGAAUUAGGGAGAAAACUCUCCAGCAAGAAUAUCCCGAACAACGUCCUCGGACUCAUUCCUCAAGAACCACCAUUCGUCAUAGGUCUUCAUCGUCAAGCGAUUCUGGAUCUUUUAAAACACCCAUGUCAGUGUCUGGCUCUGGAUUGCGUGUCGAAUCUAAUUCGCCUUCCGCUCUACCUCCGCUGCCCUUAUCUCAAGCUCACAAUUUGCAUUCACCUCAGCCGUCUCGUGUGCGGAGCCCUCCUUCAAAGCUUUUGGGUGAGCCCUACGAUACUAAACAGAAGACUUCACCAACCACAUCGCUACACUCCAUCACCCCAAGAGACUUUCUCAAAGGCAGAAUUAGCCCACUGAUAGAAGAAAUCGCUAGGUCUGUGUCUCGUCCAGGUUCAGCCAAUUCAUCCUACUCGUCGCAAACACGUCAAAAUCAUAAGGAAGUUGAAGAGGCUUUGAGAGAUCUUAACAUAACUAGACAUCCAGCUGAGUCCUCAGAUAGCUCAAGUGUUUCUUCACCUAGACGACAUUUGUCUCCUACUCCGUACACGGAACGCUCGAACUUUAACACGUUUCAGAGAAACAUCGUUUCCCGAAUGGACCCUUCACCUUUGAGCUCUCCCUCCAUGUCACACGCCGAUAUAAAUAAUGAUGAGAUCCAAGGCGUACCUCCUGCUUCGUUGUCGAAAAAGAGGACAAGCUCCUCAGGGAGUAACGCUCUACCUACAUUGAUUACGAAUCAACAAUGUACUCCGCUGCAACAUUCUGCCAAUACCUUCGGAACACCUGGACUUGGUCAUACUCGAAACAGCUCAUCGCUUUCUGCAAAGCCGCCCUUGUCCCCUUUGCUUGUAUCACAGACGCCGGCGUCCAAAGCUCUGACAGGAGGUAUCAAAGACUAUGAAAUAAUUAAAGCUAUUAGUAAAGGUGCUUUCGGAGCUGUAUUCCUAGCGAAGCGAAGACUCACUGGCGAUUACGUUGCAAUAAAGUGCUUGAAGAAGAGGGACAUGAUUGCGAAAAAUCAGGUUUUGAAUGUCAGGUCAGAGAGAGCGGUGAUGAUGAAGCAGAGUGACUCCCCGUAUGUUGCUCAGCUCUAUAGUAGUUUUCAGACUAAGGAUUACUUAUACUUGGUCAUGGAAUAUUUGAAUGGUGGUGACUGUGCUACUCUUCUCAAAAUGUUAGGAACUUUGGGUGACAAAUGGGCCAAAAGGUAUAUUGCAGAGGUAAUUGUUGGUGUCAACGACUUACACAUGCGUGGCAUCAUUCAUCGAGACUUGAAGCCGGACAAUCUUCUUAUUGAUAGUGCUGGUCACUUAAAGCUCACAGACUUUGGUUUGUCAAGAAUUGGUGUUGUGGGAAGACACACAGCGCAACACAGAAAAAGCUCAACUUCAGAGCAUGCAAUUGAGCUUUUUAGAAAAAGUAUACUGGGCAGUGGAACAUUGCCACAGAGUCCUUUGAUUAUUGGUAGUGGCGACUCUCCAGAAUUACUCCCUUCCCUGCAGCACAAGCGUACUUCCUCAGUUACACCGUUCUCACUUUCUCCAGCUAUGGAGCACAUGAAGUUUAAGUCUGGAUCAGUAUCUACACUCCCAAUUAAUCCAACGAAGAUGUCCACAGAUUCUCAAGGGCAGCAACCGCAAAGGAAACGUUCAGGGUCACUUUUUAGAAACAGCGGAACUAGAUCAGGUUCAAGUAGUAGCGGCUUUGAUUCCCCGGGCCUCAAGCCAUCACUUCAAAGAACCUCGUCGGAAUCUUCGUUUGCGAUCGUGGAUGACGAUUUCCAAUACAGUCCACAACAGAGUGAAAAUAACAUAAACAGCUUCACCCUUUAUAACCCUGAAGAGGAUGAGGGCCAGACAAACAAGUUUGUUGGAACCCCUGACUACUUAUCACCGGAAACCAUCACUAGUGAUACCCAAGGUGAAUACUCCGACUGGUGGUCUAUUGGAUGUAUUCUAUUUGAGUUCUUGUAUGGAUAUCCUCCAUUUCAUGCCGAUACACCGGAUCAAGUCUUCAAAAACAUACUUGACGGGAAAAUAGACUGGCCACCUUUGUCAGAAGAGGAAGAAAAGGAGAUAUGUCCACCUGAGGCCAAAGAUCUUAUUAAGAAACUACUUGUAAUAAAUUAUGAGGAGAGAUUAGGAUACAAUGGAGCCGACGAGAUCAAGCUGCAUCCAUACUUUAAUCAUAUCAACUGGGAGACGUUGUACUUGGAGCUGCCUGAUUCGUUUAUUCCAAUAACGGACGAUCCUGAAUCGACAGACUACUUUGAUGCUAGAGGAGCUGACAUGUCGCAUUUUCCUAUUGAGGAUGAAAACGAUGAUGAGGACAUGAUGAAGUGCGAUAGGCUUCCAGUGUCAGCUAGAGAAGUUGAGUCUCAAGAUGGUUACUUCAACGCUCAGCCUCCGCCUCAGCAUUUAUCUCUACCAUCUUCACCAAUGCUCGGAAGGAGAGAAAGAAGAAGUAGCAGAUUGGCUGACUCAAGCGAAUUUGGGUCCUUCCACUUCAGAAACCUAAACGUUUUGGAGAAAGCCAACAAGGAUGUCAUAAACAGAUUGAAGAAUGAACAUUUGGAGCACAGAAACAGCUUUUCGUCAUCUUCUUCCGAAUCUACCCCCUUGGGUCAUACCAAGUCCCGAGGGCUGUCAAUCUCGUCCACAGCUGUCAACCCUGGAAGUCCUUUCAAAAGACCGGUCUCUCCAGUGGCUAAUAGGUCACAGUCGCCUGUGAAAGAAAGAGGAAGUGUUGGGUCAAUUAAAAGAGAAGCUAGCAUCAGCAAAAAGGAAAGCACAGGAUCACUCCGGAGGGAAAGGGCCGACGAAAGAAUACCGACACUCAAACAGAGCACGUCAUCACUAGCUCGUAAUAUACUUCAAAGAAAUUCAGGUGACUUGGCAAAUUCGCCGUCCACCUCAGAUUCAGAUGACAGCUCUUCUGCCUUGUCGAGGGUGAGACAGAGAAGGGACAGCCAAAGGAGGACAGGAAGCUUUAACAAGUCUUGCCCGCCCAGUAGCGCUUUGUCAGCCGAUGGAUCCGUCUCUUUCGAUGCUGCCGGAUUAGAUGUCCUAUACUGUGAGCCAAUCCCAAUCGUCAGGCACACUGUUGGAAAGCUUAUGGAAAAGGAGAAAUGUGUUGUUCUUUCAAUCUCGAACGGCGAUGAGUUGAUCAGGAGGGCGACGAGUCAGGUUAAAUUUGACCUCAUCUUCACUGCCCUAAAACUCCCCAAGGUAGAUGCUAUUGAUGCGGUGAAAUUGAUCCGAUACACAAACGGCAUCAACAGUGACACGCCUGUAAUUGCCAUUACAGGCUAUGCCAAGGAAGCGCAAGAUCUGGGGGUAUUUGACGCUGUUCUAGAAAAGCCAGUUGAUUCCACCCAGAUGAGAGGAGUCAUUACCAAAUUCCAAUGUCAAGAUAUUGCUGUUGAGUCUGAUCCUGAGGAUUGA